AUGAAUCAAUAUGAACAAUGGAAUCGUAGAAUUCGGACCAUUUGGUACUGCAGCAGUUUAUACGUUGAGUACAAAAAUGCGCUCAGAAAAUCGAGGAAACUACCGGUGGAAAAAAAAACGGAGUACUGGGAAAAGAAACAUGAAGAAUUUGCUACGAAGAUGUUAAAUAAUAUUUACGAACUCCGGGGCUGGUGGGUUAAGGUAGGUCAAUUUUUAAGUACUCAGGAAAAUAUCAUGCCCGUGGCAUAUAUAGAGAAGUUUACCAAAUUGCAGGACAUGAUGCCUACGUCCUCAUUUGACAAAAUAGAAGCGAUUUUGAAAAAGGAACUAGGAAAUAUAUAUGACAUAUUCGAGAAUAUUGAUAAGGAGCCGCUGGCCAGUGCUUCCAUAGGGCAGGUGCAUAAAGCCAAGUUAAAAAAAUACGAAAAAGAUAUAAACACUAUGAGUGAACAAGAUAUAAAUAGAAACGAUUAUAAUGUUAUAGUAAAAAUCCAACAUGAAGGAAUAGAUCAAUUUUUAUCUUCUGAUAUAAAUACACUAAAAAAGGUUUCUUGGGCAUUUGGAUUAAUUGAUAAAAAUUUCUAUUUUACUGAUUUUAUUGAUGAAUGGCAAGAUUCUGCAUCUAGAGAAUUAAAUUAUAAAUAUGAAUUAUAUCAUCAACUAUUAGCUUAUAAUACUUUUAAAAAAUCUAAAAUUCCAUUAAAGAUACCCAAAAUAUAUUGUGCUUAUACAACGUCUAAAGUGUUAGUAAUGGAAUAUAUUAAAGGAUUUAAAAUUACAGACAUAAAUUCGAUCAAAAAAUAUAAUGUCGAUGCGUAUGAUUUGGUUUAUAAAAUCAUCGAUUAUUUCGCUUAUCAAAUUCAUAAUGAUGGUUUCUUUCAUGGGGAUCCGCACCCGGGAAACAUACUCGUUAUGAUUGAGGAUGCGGGAAAAAAGGAGAAGAGUCGGGCGAGAAGCAAUAAAAGGAACAGAAGCGUUCAUAGGAAGAGAAGUGAUAACAGGAAGAGAAGUGCUAACAGGAAGAAAAGUGCUAACAGGAAAAGAUACACAGAUGGAAAUUGUCAAACGGGGAACUAUUCUGGUGAACAGCCGAUUAACAUACGAAAUGAUAGGGUUAACGAGGGUAAACAUGUAAACAAUAGUAUAUAUAGUAGUAAAGAAAAUGUUAGCAUUACAGAAAAUGAUAGUGUGCAUAACAAUUCUUUAGGUGCUGUUUCUAAUGCAUCUAUCGAAGAAUUUAUAGAUUCUAGAUACAACAUUGCCAAGAUGAAAAGUAUUUCAAGUAAUACAACGAAUAAUGUACUUCAUAAAUCUUGUAGUUUUGUAGACUAUACUACUAAUAAGAAAAAGGAAAGUCUAUCUAAUAAAGUAUUAAAAGAAGAUUAUGAUUUUGUUAUAAAUGAAAAUAUCAAUGGUCAAGGGUCCAUAAGAAAAUGUAUAUCAAAAUCCGACGAGUGCAUUUCGUCUUCAAAAGCUACAGGGGAUACGACGUUCACACAAGCACAAAAUAAAAAAGAGAACGAACGAAAUUUAACAAAAUUGGUUGAACAUGCGCGUGGCAGCCUUCUACACACAGAGCAAAAUUUGUUCCCCGAAAGUAUCGAUGAUUUAACAGAGAAGGGGGAAGAAGGAGCAGCAGGGAAAGACGCAGUAGUAGGAGCAAAUGGAGCAGUAGGAGAAGACGAAGCAACGGGGGAAGACACUGUAGCAGGGGCAGAGGCAGAGGAAGAAGAAGGGGAUAGGGUGAAAAUUGGAUCAAGUAAAUUCGUACCUGUUAUAAUCGAUUGGGGGUUGAUAAAGCAAUUGGAUGGAGUGAUGAAACUAGCUUUCUGCAAAUUGGUGUACAGUAUCAACUGCAUGAACGUGUUAAAUAUAAUCGAGGCGUUUGAGGAUAUGGGUUUUUGCUUUAAGGAAAAUUUUACGUAUGACCCAGAAAUAUAUAUAGAGAAUUUGAAAAAUUUUUUUUUUAAAAAGUUAGAAGAGUCGAAAAGCAAAGGAAACGAUGGAGUUAAAGAAGAUGUUAAUGAUAAUGAAGAACCAAAUAAGCAUAAAAAUGUAGACAUGUUGAGAAAUAUUGAUAAAAAGGAUGUUUAUGAUAAAAACCCUAUAAGUGAUGUACCUAAAGAUAUCAUAUUUUUUAUGCGUGUUGCUUCUUUAUUACAUGGAUUAUGUACACAAAUGGAUGUUAAAAUAAAUUAUUUAAGUAUCUUUUCAAGAAGAGCAAAAGAAGCAUUAGAAAAAAUUUACAAGCCUAUGAAUAAAUCGAUAUAUACUAUUCCUAUUGAUAAGAUACCCAAUUCGUUUUUAGAAAAAAGAAUACAUAAUUUAUUAAAAAAAUUAUAUGAACAGAAAAAAAUAUUAGGAUGCCAGGUAGCUAUUAUACAUAAUAAGAAAAUUGUUGUUGAUACAUGUGUUGGUAUCACAAGUACUAUUGAUAAAAGACCUAUAACAAGGCAUUCCUUGUUUAAUGGUUAUUCUUUAAAUAAAGUGAUUUUAACCAUUGCCUUAAUUCAUCUUAUUUCGAAUUCUGUAAAUGAACAUCAUUCCAUGGAUAGUAUACCUUUAAAUCUUGAUAAAAAGAAAAAAAUAAAUCAGCAAGAUGCGAAAGAUGAUAUAAUAAAAAAGGAAGUAAACUCAACCAAAGAAGAGGAAGAAAAAGUAAAUGAUCACAGCGUAUAUGUGAGUGAACAAAUUAGAAACAUUAACAAAAUAGAGAAUGACUAUUUUGUUACAGUAACAAAGGACAACUUGUAUUUUCAAGAUUCACAAUACAAGGGAAAGGGCAAUAGGGGCGUUACAGCGCAUGCAAACACGGAAGGCAUUGAUGAAGAUAUUGAUGCCCAUGCUUGUGCAGUUGCAACGAGCUCUAUCGCCUCUGGUGGAGUUUCUAACCCUGAGAAUAAUAAUCAUAUGGACGAUGGACUCAUGGAUGUGCGUAGUCUAAACAACUACAGCAGCAUAUAUGGAAAGAAUAACAACUACAGUAGAUACUGCAGAAAUUUCAACUGUAGUGAGAGCAGCAGCGGGGGGGAGGGAAGUGGAAAGGCAGGAACUAUUUUUGAACUCGGAAGGAAGAAAAAGAUGAGCAAGAGUGGAAGAAACAAUGAUAGCAGUUGUGGAAGAAACAAUGAUAGCAGUUGUGGAAGCAAUAAUGUAAGCAACUCUGGGAGCAACAACUCAAACUCUCAGGACAAAGACCAUGUAAGAGGAAAUUAUCUGUUCUCGGAAAAUUUCAUUAAAGAUAUCGAGUCAAAGCAGAUAGAGAAUUUUAAAAACAUGAUUAACGAAUAUAUAUGUAAUUACUGGGAUGGAUUUAUUUGUAAUAAUAAAAAAAAUAUAACAAUAAAGGAUGUACUGACUUUGAAGUGUUUCAUUAGAAAACCUUUUCAUGACAAAAUAACUUUAAGCAAGUUUAUAGAUUAUGAACAGAUGAUUAACAUGAUAGAAAAUUCGAAAAAUUAUAAUGUAACAAAUAAAUCAAAAAAGUAUGGGGAAUAUUUAUAUUUAAUUGAUACGUAUAUUAUUUCAGAAAUCAUUCGUAGUAUAUCUGGAUUAAAGUAUUAUGAGUAUAUAUACAAAUAUAUUAUAAAACCUUUAAAUCUAAAUGAAGAAAUGUUUAUUCCUAUCCCUUCCUAUUUGUUAAAGAAGAACGAAGAAGAAUUAAAAAAAAGGAACAAUAAUGGUAAUUGCAAUAGUAAUAGUAACAACAGUAAUAAUUAUUAUAGUAAUCAUAAUAAUUAUAGUAAUCAUAAUAAUUAUAGUAAUAAUAAUUAUUAUAGUAAUAAUAAUUAUUAUAGUAAUAAUAACACAAAUGCUAACAAAAGGGGGAAAACAUUUCUUAAAAGUAAAAAACAGUCUGCACCUAAGGACAGUGCUCAUAACUUUAACAGUAAUGAGUUCCUGUCAACUUCGUUCGUGUCGAGGAAAAACAAAAAGUUAAACGGUGCUUCCAGUGCACAUAACGCACCUAACCCGACUAGUGGCAUAUUUGAUGAUAAGCAUUAUAUUGUUUUUAGAGGUUAUAUGAAGAAGGAAAAUAAUAUAUUGAUAAAUAAAUAUGAAAGUAAAAAAAAAAAUGUUGCUCCUAAUGAAUCCAAGACAAUCAACAGGAGAACCAUAAGUGUGGAGGUUUGUUUCUCGUCCAGAAAAAAUAUUUAUCAUGAUAGCAAUAAAAGUGUUAUGAAGCACAGCAGCGUUGUUAAGGGUAAAAUGUUUUCCACGGGUAUGUUCGACUCCACAAGGGGGAUCUUAUCCCAGGGCAUGAGGUACAGGGGAAAGGCAAAGAAGGAUAAAGAAGCGAAGGAGAAGGAUAAAGAGCAGAAUGAGAAGGAUAAAGAAGCGAAGGAGAAGGAUAAAGAAGCGAAGGAGAAGGAUAAAGAGCAGAAUGAGAAGGAUAAAGAGCAAAAUGAGAAGGAUAAAGAGCAGAAUGAGAAGGAUAAAGAGCAGAAUGAGAAGGAUAAAGAGCAGAAUGAGAAGGAUAAAGAGCAGAAUGAGAAGGAUAAAGAAGCGAAGGAGAAAGAUAAAGAAACGAAGGAGAAGGAUAAAGAAGCGAAGGAAAAGGAUAAAGAAGCGAAGGAGAAGGAUAAAGAGCAGAAUGAGAAGGAUAAAGAAGCGAAGGAGAAGGAUAAAGAAUCAAAGGAGAAGGAUAAAGACUUAGCUGGGAACAAUACUUCCCAGAAAGAUGUAGUUCAGAAUAACACUACCGAGAAAAGCAGAGUGAACAUUCUGGUGAAUAACAAAAACGUGGAAGAUGCAUGUAACAAAACGAAAUUUACCUCGAACAAGGGGCUGGAAAGCAGCCUAAAGAAUAGAGAAAUGAUUAGUUUUAAAAGUAGGUUUUUAAAUCAUGUAGACAUUUUAAAAGUGAAGACGAAAAAAAUCAAUGAUUCUAUAAAAAAUAUGUAUGAGAAUAAUGAGAAUACCUUUUUAAGAAAUUUUUUUAUGUCUCAUAAGAAAAAUGAUAAUAAACAUAAUAGUUUAGAUCAUAGGAAUGUAGAAGUUAAUUAUAUAUAUGAUAAAAAAUUGCAAUAUAAAAAAAAUUUCAAUGAGAAAUUUGGUAAUAGUUUUUAUUAUAAUGAAAUUAUGAAUGAUGUAAGAACGGAUAAUUUGGAGAGUACAUGGAAAUUAAAAAAUAUAAACAAAUUAACAUCUAAGUUGAGGUCAGGAGACAAAAAUAAAAGAAAUUAUAUUUUAAAUGGGAAGGAUAAGGAUAGUGGAAAGGAUAAUACGAGAUCACGUAGAUGCACAAAUAUUAAAACAGCAGAAUAUAAUUUAAAAAACUACAGUCAUAACAAUGAUAGUACUAUUUCUUAUAAUACUAAUACAGAUGGUUUUAUACUUAAAUAUCAAAAUGAUAUGAAUGAUUUAUUAGAUUAUAAUGUAAACCUUUUGUCUAAUAGUUUUUUAAAAAAAUUUUCAGGGUAUAAGAAUAAAAAACAUGGCACCAGUAGUGAUAUUAGUACCAAUCAUAUAUACACACUAGAAGAAGAUAGCAAAUUCUAUAAGUUUUCUUAUGAUGAGAAUAUUAGAACGUUAUAUGAAAAUGUAGAUACGAAAACAAGUGGAGAUGAAUCAGCGAAUAGUUUGCUGAAGGAGAAAUAUGACAGCUAUCAAAGGAGAAACAAAAAAUACCGUAAAUUGUUUAAAUAUAUCAAGGAUUUAAAAAAGUAUAUAAAAAGGAGGGAAGACAAGAUUAGGAACGCGAAUUCAACUACUUUUAAAGGAGGCAGCAGUGAUAAUAUAGGUAGUACUAAUGUAGGUGGUACUAAUGUAAAUAGUAGUAAUGUAGCUAGUAGUAAUGUAGCUAGUAGUAAUGUAGGUGGUACUAAUGUAGGUGGUACUAAUGUAGCUAGUAGUAAUGUAGCUAGUAGUAAUGUAGCUAGUAGUAAUGUAGCUAGUAGUAAUGUAGCUAGUAGUAAUGUAGCUAGUAGUAAUGUAGGUGGUACUAAUGUAGGUAGUACUAAUGUAAGUAGUAGCAGCAAUAACAAAGGUGCAGUGUCAGAUGGGAAGGAUAAUUAUGCUAAAAACGUUAUUAAGGAAGACGAAGAACUGUUAAAGAAACUAAUUGAAUACAAGUAUUCCAUAUUACAAAGACAAAGAAAAAAUAUCAUGAAAAAGAAAAAUAAGAAAAAUAUUUACAUGAAUGAAUAUUCGGACGAAAUAGAAAUGUUUAGUGAUACGGAAAGCGAAUACAAUAGUUCAGAAGCGGAGCAUGAUGGACAUCGCACAAGGCAUUGGGACGAUUAUCAUGGUAACAACCAACGUGAUAGUGAUAACAACAAUACGUACGAAAUGAAAAAGAGAAGAAGCAUUAAUGAAAAGAAAAAGAAAUUGGAGGUUUAUCUCAUCAUGAAUAAUCUAUAUAAUAAAUAUAAUAAGGGAAUAAUACCAGAGGAAAGUCAUACAAUAAAUAAAAAGACAGAUGUAUACUGGAGGUUGGCAUAUGCAAAGAGGGAUAUAAACCUAGUUGAUACUGUAUCAAACAAUGACUGGAAUGAGAAAUUUGAUAGCAUUUUUAAGUCCAAGGUGAAAACCAAGAGAAAUGGUGGUACUUCUGGAGGUAGUGGUAGUGUAGACGAUAUUAGUGGUAGUGAUACCGAGAUGGACGAAAGCAAUCAUAUAGCAAAUGAGAAAGAUAUCACAAAUCGCAAUAAUAGUAGUAAUAAUAACAACAGUAAUAGUAAUAAUAAUAGUAAAAAUAAUAAUGGUAACAACAAUAGUAACAAUAUCAGUAACAACUGUAACAAUAGCAGUAACAACUGUAACAAUAAUAAUACCAUGAGUGAGAACAUCCACCUGGAAACAAAACUAAAAAACUAUGUAGAUACCUUCAAUGUGAAGCAGUAUAAUAAAUACAUUACCUCUUUUCAGUUAGCACAGGCAAAACCUUAUGUAGUUGAUCCAUUAAUAUAUGAUUCCAAAAAAAUACUUGAUAAAUUCAUUCCAAUUAAUGGAAGAUAUACUGCUAGAGCUUUGUGCAAAAUUUUAGCCUUUACUAAUAAUCAAUUUUUCUUCCCCUCAUAUAUUAUGAACAAAGUCAGGAAAACUUAUUCACUUGAUAACAGUAUAGAAUCUUUAAUGCUAACGGGAGGUAUGAGUAGAAAAUGGGGGAUGGGAUUUCAACUCUUUGAAUGCGAAUAUCAAAAUGAAAUAAAUGAAAACUUUUAUAUGUUCAGGAAAAAGAGGAAAACAAAAGGAAAGCACAGGAAUAGAACAAAAAAGAUGAAUAAAGAAAAUGCAAAUGUUUUAAAAAAGAAAAGAAUUGUUGGAUAUGGACAAUCAGACUUCUCUGGAUGUCUAGCCAUUUCGUUUCCCGAAAUUGAUCUUUCACUUACAAUACUCUUAUCAGAUAUUUUUAAGGGAGCUGAUGUGGCGCAUCUCAUAUUGGACUACGUGCUGAAAUUAUAUGGCUUAAAACCGAAGUGGAAAUUACCUAUAAAAGUGUCUGAGCUAAUUAAAAUUUUGUAG